GACAAGUACAAGACUUGUCUCUGCCCUAACUUCAGUCUAGUUUCGUGAUGACUUCACUGUCAAAACAUCCCAAACAAUUAAGGGUAUUUAAACAGUCAAGACUCAGUUUUAUUUGUUUUUAAACUGUUAUACUUAAGUUAAAUUUAUAUUUUAAGAUGGAAAUCAACUUGAUUUAUAUGCUCUGUUUCAAUAUCUUGGUAUUCUUGAGUUUUGUAAAGUUUGGCGAAGCUGUAAGGUGUUACCAAUGCAGUAGUGCUGAAGACCUGAAGGGAGAGGAUAAAUGUGGAGCAUAUAACAAAUUCGAUAAAAGGAAUCACAUUGCGAUAGAGUGCAAUAGUGAAGAAAGUCAUGUGCCUGGCUCAUUUUGCAUGAAAGUUACCCAGCAGAGUCCUAGAGGCUUUAUUUGGAAUGGGAGAUGGCGUCAGGUGAUUCGUCGAUGUGCUUCGGUUUCUGAUACUGGGGUUACGGGAGUCUGUAAUUGGGGCGUAUAUGAAAAUGGCAUUUAUUGGCAAGAAUGUUACUGCUCCGAUGAUGAGUGCAACUCUGCAAAAAAUCCUAGUGUCUCAAAUGUCUUGGUAGGGUUUAGUUUGUCUCUUUUCGUAUUUUGGAGGACAUUUUGGUAACUUCUAAAUACCCAGCUGGAGAACUUAAGUCUACCAUAAUUUUUUCGACUGGUCAUGAUUGAAUUUUAAUACCUAGAAUUAAGUUGUUAGAAUUUGUUAAGUUCCGCAUCAUUCCAUAAUGAUUCAUUAAUGUGAUUAUGCGAAUCUCAAAUGUGUUUGUAAUUUAGAUGGUAGAGUGUUAAUGUUACUGAACUUUUUGUAGUAUCCGUCCAAAUUCCAAAAACAAACACUACGGUGAUAAUGAGAAUCUUAAAUGUUUUUUGUAAUUCAUUGCAAUUGAAAUUCUUCUCGAGUCCGUCCAAAGACAGUUUACAUGUCGCAACGUCUUUUUAAUUUUUAUAUACAGAUAUUUUAUUAAAAUAAUUUUAUUUCGAUUGUUUUACGUUUACUUGUAAGUACUGUAUUGUGUAUAUUCGUAGUAUAUUGUGCCUUAUGUUUUUAUAAAUUGAAUCUGCAGUUUUAGGACUGCUUCUGUUUUGAUGUGACUGUUAAUGUUCUGACUAUUUACAGGUUUUAUAUACUGUUUGUGUUAUAUUUGCUUUGCUUGAGUUCUAAUUCAGAACAGUUUGCAGCAUGUCUGAGGCUCUAUUUCCGUCAAUUGAACAUUGUUUUCAGAACUUUCGAGUUCAGCAGAAUAUUAAGAUAAUAACAAUAACGUAGUUUAUUGAGAAACUUUUUAUACCAUUCAUAAUUCGCAAUAAAAUAUAUUAUUAAAACAUU